AUGAAAACAUCUGAUCAGGCGACAGACCUCCAUGGCCAGUCAAAAUCUUUCGUCGAGUUAUUUUUGCAGAAAGCCCGUUCUGCCUUUACAUGGAAAAGAUCUCCUUACCAGCAUGAGUCCAUGAGAAGUCAUUGUGAAGCCAUCUCAAAAGCUUCCAAAAGUAGCAGACCUGGUGGGAAUUCCCUGCAUAAGGCGCCGGCAGGAGUGCCAUCUUCGUCAGCGGUGAGAUCUCGAAGUGGUUUCUCUCGUGGUGGAGAAGAAGACGAAGUCACUGCUCCUACAGAGAUUCCGCAUCACAUAAGGAAAGAAGUCAAGCUUAAAAUGUUAAGGCAAUUUUCGAAAAUAAUGGAACUUUCUGAUCAUCAGGCGACAGCCCUGCAUGGCCAGUCAAAAUCUUUUGCCAAGUUCUUUUUAGAGCAUGCCCUUUCUGAAAGAUCUCCUCACCAGCAUGAGUCCAUGAGAAGCCAUCGUGAAGCCAUCUCAAAAGCUUCCAAAAGUAGCAGACCUGGUGGGAAUUCCCUGCAUAAAGCGCCGUCAGGAGUGCCAUCUUCGUCAGCGGUGAGAUCACGAAGUGGGUUCUCUCGUGGUGGAGAAGAACACGAAGUCGCUGUUUCUACAGAGAUUCCGCAUCACACAAGGAAGGAAGACAAGGUCAAAAUAUUAAGGAAAUUGUCGAAACAACACCCAACAAGCGAGGUUGCUCUCAAAAUUGCUUUUUUUGUUGAGUCCUUGAAUGCUUCGAAUCAUAUUACGGAAGAGAUAAUUAAAAAGUGCAAAGAAGGAGAACAGAAGUUGGAAGAUGGAUUGUUGCUAGUUAAACAAGCACAACAGCGGUUGGAUCUGCUCUUGACGGAGAUUUAUGAUUGA